AUGGCCACUCACGUUGUCACUACCACCACUAUUUCUCCUCUAUCUGCCAACCAGAUCUCUGUUUACGGCCAUCCUUCUCCUGUCAACUCGGCUUCCGCCACCCCUGCCAACAAUUCUCCAACUUCCCCCCGUCUACAGCAUCUUCCUUUGCAGUGUCGCCAGUUGCGGCCUCUCAAGGGUCCAUUGUACGUUCCCGCUGCCCUGCGUCCUACCGAACGCCCUCAGAAGUCCUCUCCCCCCACCCCUCCGCGCAGUGCGCACGGUUCUCUGGACAGUUUGAACGACGAAGAACCUAGUACGCUCCUCAGCCGUCGUUCGACCAUGGAGAGCAACUAUAACAACACCAUCAGCAAGCUCGCUGAGAACGAGUGGAUGAAGACGGAGCACCUUGGCCAAGUUACUGGUCUUCCCACCAGAGAACACUGGAAGGCGGACGCUGCUUCUCCCAACUGCGACUCACCCACCUGCCGCUCAUCUUUUGGCCUCUUCUUGCGUCGUCAUCAUUGCCGCCACUGCGGACAUGUUUUCUGCUCCUCUCACACUCCGCAUAUGGUGCCUCUUGAUCAAGAUGCUCGCUUCCACCCCGAAGGAGUUCUUUCUCGCGCCUGCGAUCUCUGUUGGAGCGCUUACCAACGCUGGGAAGAGGCUCGCACUGAGCGUUUGAACAAGAUCCAGACUCUCUUGACUCAGCAGGAGACCACUAGCAAUAGCAACCAAGACACCGAGUCUGCCAUCAACGCUACAGCGGGCUCCGACACUCCGCAGCAGGACGAUCUUUCGAACAAAGCCACCAAUGCUCCUCAGGGCCAGGCUACUGAGAUCGCUGCCAGCGUCCCCCGCGGAUGGAACUGGAGCACCUUCUAA